CAAUGCAUCGUUGUUUUUCUCUCUCCUCUGAAGCUCCCUCUCAUCGACACCCAGCACAUCAUACAAACUUUCGUAUCAUCCGUUUCUCAACGACACAACAUACAGACUUUCGUAUCAUCUGUUUCUCAACGACACAAAUUAUUGCGUUGCUUUUUCAAAUUAAUAAACAAACAUUAAACCCUCAACCUUAAGAUUCAAUUCAACCCUUGUUUUGUUUUUACUACACCUUUGCAUGAAUUGAUUCAUUCUCUUCACGUAACGUUCGUGGUGGCGUUACAUUUGUAUUAUCAUACAUUAUUCUAAAUCUCUCCCUAUUCAUUAUUCAUAAUUGUAACAGCAUUGUUACAGAGAGAAUUGUGUUUCUAAGAUCCCGUGGAAUUUUCAACAUUCGUGGGAUUUUGGAAAAAUUUAGUGAUUUGUGAAGUUUUGAUAUAAUUAUUUGGAACGUAAAGGGUUUUCCAGAAUUGGAAGGAAUUUAAAAGUUCAAUGAGACAUGAACAAGGAAUUAUUGGGUUGUGUUGGUGAAUUUAGAAGCAAUGGAAUUGACAAGAACCGGUUGUGCGGUUAUUUAUGUCAUUCUCCUUUGUGCUUUGGCUCAUGGGAGUUCAGAGGGGAAAGAAGAUGACCUAUAUACAGAUGCUCCUGUUUCCUCACCUUUCCUCAAUAUUCAUGGAAAACAGGCGAAGAAUGUGUGGAAACAUUGCAGGAAAGAAUUGACAGAGAAGAACAAUGAUGUUAAAGGCAUCAACUUGCAUCCAUUGGAAGGAAGCAGUGACAUCCAUAAGAAAAAAAAAGUUUUGGAUUGCAUAAGAACAAGUGCUACUCCUCCAGCACCUAUUUCUAAAUCAAGAGCGUCUUCAAGAUUCUUGCUAACAAAACAUUCUAGAUCAACCUUGGCUUUAAAAAUCGAUUAUCAUCAUCUUCAUCAUAAUCUUCUUCUUCAUCAUCAUCAUCAUCAUCAUCAUCAUCGUCAUCGAACAAAUUCAAUCGCAGAAACACCACUUGAUCAUAUAUCACCAUUGUCACCAUUGUCACCAAGGUCUAGUGCUAAUAGUCCAUCCCCCGAGCAUUCAUUGGUAGCGCCAAUUCGUCUUUCAACACCAACAAUUUCUUCAACACCGUCACCUACUCCUGUUCCUGUUCCUAAUCCUAGUACUACUCCUGUUCCUGUUCCUAGUACUACUCCUGUUCCUGUUCCUAGUACUGGAAUCCCGUAUUUACCACUCCCUCCAGAUAAUUUGGCACCGUUACCACCGUCUCCGAGACAAUAUGCUCCUCCAUCUCAUAUAGCAAGUGUUCCGAUAACUUCGCCGCCUUCAUUUAAACAUGAUGAGGAAAAGAAAAAAGCAAUUAUUUUAGCUGCAUCUGUAUCAGGAAUCGUAGUCUUGAUAGGAUUGUCGCUGUGCUAUCGCGAGGCCAAAACCGGUAAAGUGGAGAGAGAGGACAACCAUUUGCUCAUAUUAACCUCAAAUGAUUAUUCUGGAGGUCCCCAGAUGAUUGUUCGUUUAGGAGAUACUAAUACAGAAGAAACUGGUGUUAUUAUUAACAAAGGAAAGAGUUCAUCUAGUGGAAGAAAGUGGUCCAUGAAGGGCCGAGAUGAUAACAAUAUCACACUGGCUGAAACAUCAACGUCAGAAGAUGUGGGACAAGUAACAUCAACUUCUUCUAGAAUACCAGCCCCUCCGCCUCCUGGCCCACCGCCACCUCCUCCUCCACAGCCACCCGUGCUUGCUCCUCGUCCUCCACCGCCUCCAAAAUCCAGCCAUCCACCACCUGCUCCUCCCCCCAAACCAAUGGCUGGUAAAAACAUAGGUAUACCUCUUGGACCGCUAAAACAAGGAAGUUCUACUGAAGGUGAUGCUCCAAAGCCUAAACUAAAGCCGUUCUUUUGGGACAAGGUUAAUGCAAAACCUGAUCAAUCAAUGGUGUGGCAUGAGAUCAAUGCAGGGUCAUUUGUGUUCAAUGAAGAAAUGAUGGAGUCUUUAUUUGGUUGCGCCAACCAGAAUAAAAAUGAUCGUAGAAAAGAUUCACCUUCUGUAGAUACUUCAGUACAUUAUAUUCAGAUUAUUGACCCUAAGAAAGCACAGAAUUUAUCAAUUCUGUUACGUGCUCUGAAUGUUACAACAGAAGAAGUCGUCGAUGCACUAAACGAAGGUAACGAGAUUCCUGUGGAGCUCAUCCAAACAAUGUUGAAAAUGGCACCUACACAAGAAGAGGAACUGAAACUUAGGUUAUUCUCUGGAGAACUAUCUCAACUAGGUCCAGCUGAGAGGUUUCUAAAAGUACUGGUUGACAUUCCAUUUGCUUUCAAACGUCUCGAAGCUCUCAUGUUCAUGUUGAUUCUUCGAGAAGAGUCCUCAAGCAUCAAGGAUUCCUUUGCAACACUAGAGGUUGCUUGCGAUAAACUGAGAAAAAGCAGGUUAUUCUUAAAACUACUAGAAGCAGUACUCAAAACGGGAAACCGAAUGAACGAUGGUACAUAUCGCGGUGGAGCUCAAGCAUUUAGGCUCGACACACUUUUAAAACUCUCGGACGUAAAAGGGACAGAUGGAAAAACAACACUAUUACACUUUGUGGUUCAAGAAAUUAUACGUUCGGAAGGAAUAAGAGCAGUAAGAACGGAAAGAGCAAGCAGAAGCCUUUCAAGCGUAGCAACGGCGGAUGCAGAUUACGAAAACGAAGAAUCAGAAGAGCACUAUCGUAGCCUUGGACUUCAAGUAGUUUCAAGCUUGAACAAUGAACUUGAAGAUGUUAGAAAAGCAGCACUAAUAGACGGUGAUGCAUUGAGUAACGCGGUUUCGAAAAUCGGUCAAUCGUUGGUUAAGAGCCGGGACUUUUUGAACACUGAUCUUAAGAAUUUGGAAGAAGAGAGUGAGUUUCAAAUCUGUUUAGAGAGGUUUAUGGAUCAUGCGAAAGGAGAGGUGACGUUGCUUGUUGAAGAAGAGAAGAGGAUAAUGGGGUUGGUUAAGAGUACAGCAGAUUACUUUCAUGGGAAUUCAGGGAAAGAUGAAGGGCUGCGUUUGUUUUUGAUCGUGCGCGAUUUUUUGAUAAUAUUGGAUAAGGUUUGCAAGGAAGUGAAAGAAGCUACAUUGAAGUCUUUGAAGGCUUCCAAUAAGAAAGAGACUCCGUCACCGGCAGUGUCAGUUCCGUCUUCUCCGGAUGCACGCCAACGGUCUCAGUUGCCGCAGGGGCAGUCUUCUGAUGUACAUAGGCGAUUGUUUCCGGCUAUUGCAGGGCGAAGAGUGGAUUAUUCUAGCUCAGAUGACGACGAAGAUGGUAAUUAGAAGGAUGAGUUUAAGGGAUGAUGAUGGUGAGAGUUUUAUGUGACUGCUAAGCAAAAGUUAACGAAUAGAGAAGCUUAGCAUGAUAAUGAAUUUACUGUGUGAUAUAAAUUGCCUCUGAUUUCUGAAUUUAAGGAAAUAUACUAAUGUGU